AUGUAUGUGAAUGGCUACACCAUGCGUCCACCGAAUGCUUUUUCGAUCCCCCAGCGAGCGGCUUUGAAACCAUACACGCGAAUCAUGGGCUGUCAGACUUCAUCAGCAAAAAACACCCGUUAUCAAUUUAGUCAACAGUCCUAUAUCUCAUCGGUCAUGCAGAACGAUAAACGUCUUCAGGUUGGUCGCGGCGUUUCUUUCCGCCUCAUGCCCCUUGGUGGGUCGGUAACGCAAGGGGUUGGCUCUUCCACUGGCGCAGGAUAUAGACGACCGCUACUCAAACUGCUCCAGGACCAUGGCUUCGGAGUGCAGAUGGUUGGCUCGCGCAAAACAGGCUCGAUGCUAAAUAGCCACCACGAGGGCUGGCCCGGGCUCAGAAUCGACGAAAUCGACAAGAAGGCUCGAAUUUCCACCUCACAAUUAGUGCCCCAUGUCUUCGCUGUUAAUGCUGGAUCAAAUGACUGCCUACAAUCUUUCAAGCUCGAUGAAGCAAGGACCCGAUUAGGUGACUUGCUUGAGUAUCUUUGGCAUGCUUCCCCUGACUCGACGAUCCUUCUCUCUAGUCUUAUAGUCAGCGCAGACAAGCAGGCUAACUCAAACGUCAUGUACGUGAACGACCAGUUCCGCACUCUCGCGAAGCAAAAAGCAAAUGAGCAGAAGAAAAUUGUUUUUGUGGACAUGAAUUGUGACGCCGGUCCCCAGAUUGGUUGCUUGGAUGACGGUAUACACCCGGAUAACGAGGGCUAUGAAAAGAUGGCGAAAUUGUGGAUGAAUGGGGUUCUGGAAGCCAUGAAAAAGGGAUUUCUGCCGAAAUCAGUAGGAGAGGGCGAAUAG